AUGGGUGUACUGAAAAAUUUGAUAAGUGUGAUUUUGCUAAUACUUGUGGUUGAAGUGAUUCCUAUAGAAAUUGAGCUGCAAGAAGGUGAAGAGAUUAAAGGCAAUCGUGUUGAUGAUAGUCAGUUGAAUGAAUGUAUAAGUGUUAGAAGAAAUACAGAAGUUGGAGUGUGUUUUGGUAAAGAGUUGUUGAACAAAUUGAAUAAGUAUGAAGAAGCUGAUGCGUUUAGUUUGGCUACAGGAGUAUCUUUUGUGAGAGAUGAGAAAACUCCGAGGGAUAUUGGUGCUUUUCUUGAUAAGGAUCCUAUGGAUUUUCGUUCAAUACUUGAAGAUGCGGGCAACUUGAUUUCCAAAAGAUCUCUCCAUUGGGAUCUCAGUGCAGUCUACCCUGGUCUGGUCAUGAGGAUUGGACCAACUUUGGCUAAUGGAGUACUGGAAUUUGUAAUGGAUCCUAGAAUUAAAGAUAGGUCUUCCUAUCAGCAGUCUUCCGAAGUUUCUACAGGUCGUCUCUUAGCAAGAAACCUUUUGGUACCAUUCCUGCUUGGUUUCAAAUUCCAACUUUCAACUUUGCUGCCUUUACUAUUAGGCCUUUUAUUAAUUGCCAGUAAGAAGGCCUUCCUCUUGGCCAAGUUAGCAUUACUUGCUGUCACUGUGUUUAGCAGUGGAUUUGGAAGUCAAGGAGGUUCAUACGGAGGUUUCGGUGGACCUACCCUCUCUUCUUAUGCUUAUGAGAAUCCUGGACAUUACCAUGAUCACGAUCAUCAUACUUCUUCAAGUUACUACCGUCGUCAACCCCACCCCGAUUACUACUACAGAGAGAAAUUAGUCGAACCUUCCACAGCAUCACCAAUAACUCCUGAAGAACUGAGAAAUAAACUAGAAAGACUGUUCAUCACUAAGAAAGAUCCCAUCAAUGAUAGAGAUGAGAGAGAAGAAGUUAGCGGUAGAAACAGGAACUUUGCUUGGACACCUAUUGGUACUGGAUAG